UUAUCACCAGAGAUAAAAGAACAGUUAAAACGCCCAUUAAUUUUUUUAUAAGUUUAUUUUUCUAUGUUCUAGCUAAUUGGAAAAGCUAUUUUUUUUUGUAUAUUGCUGUUUAAUUUGCUGAUCGGAGCUUGGUGGAAUUAAAAAACAAUGGAAGUGACUGCUGCUGAAUUUUCCCUAUCAGCCCACCCUCAUAUAAGAUGGAAUCCUCUUAUUGAAAAGUGGGUCCUUGUCUCACCGCAUAGGAUUGAAAGGCCCUGGUCUGGCAAGGAGGAGAAAUACGAAGGACAGUCGCUCCCUGAAACUGACCCAGCUAACCCUCUGGUCCCUCAAGCCAUGAGGCCCAACGGCAUAGUUACACCGAAUUAUACGAAUACAUAUGUUUUCACAAAUGACUUUCCAGCACUUAUUCCAGAGCCUCCAGAACCACCUUAUAACAAUGAUCCAUUGUUUAAAAUCAGUGCAGCAAGAGGCACUUGUCGGGUUUUGUGCUAUGCACCGAAAACCGAAGUUACAAUGGGAAUUAUGCCUAUUCAAGAUAUAUUCAAAAUCAUAAAUAUAUGGGUGGAUGAGACUGUGGAUCUUGGAGAGACAUACGAUUGGGUCCAAAUUUUUGAAAACAGGGGUGAGCUCAUGGGUUGUUCCAACCCCCAUCCGCACGGGCAAAUUUGGGCCUCGAGUUUCAUACCUUCUGAGCCGGCUUUAAAAGACAAAACUCAAAGAGAAUACUACAUCUCGAAUAGGACCCCCAUGCUGAUGGAUUAUGUUAGGAAAGAGAUUGAAAACAAGGAAAGGAUUGUGCUCAUGAAUGAUGAAUGGGUCGUCCUUGUACCCUUCUGGGCAAGUUGGCCUUUCGAGACUAUGAUACUGCCGAGGACCCAUGUCCAAAGGAUGUACGACAUAAACCAUGACCAAAAAGUUGCAUUGGCAUACAUUAUGCGACAGCUGUGUGUAAAAUAUGACAACCUAUUUCGUUCAGUGUUUCCAUUUUCCAUGGGUUGGCAUGGAGCCCCUACUGGUUCCAAAAGGAGUGAAAACAUGGAACACUGGGUCCUCCAUGCCCUAUUCUAUCCCCCUUUACUCCGGUCAGCUUCCAUAAGGAAAUUUAUGGUUGGCUAUGAAAUGCUGGCCCAAGCUCAAAGAGACAUGACUCCAGAAGCAGCUGCCGAAAAAUUGAGAUCAGCUUCUGACUCGCAUUUCCUAUUUUCAGACACUAAAUAGUACCCGGAGAAAAUUUCUUAUUAAAUAUUUUUUUAAAUAAAUCUAAAAUAAAGGGACAUUAUUAUUA